UCCUCUAGGAAUUUCUUUGCAGGCCAGAAAUACCAUUAGUACUCUCGCCCUUUUCUCUCCCUCUCUGCCUUUAUAUUGCAAGUGAAUGUGAGCUGAGCAAGCUAUAAAAGACAAGAAGAAGACACCACAAGACGUUCAGGAUCUUUAAACGGGACACGAGGGCAAUACACACAACUCGACAUGGAAGAGGAGGAGGUUACAGUACUGCCUGGAAGCAUAUGCUUUGCAGCUAUGACUGAUAAAGAGCCUUCUCCAGCAGAAGAGAGAGAGAAGCUCAGUUUCAAGAAAGGAGACGUGUUGACAAUUGUGAAUUAUAACAAAACAGAGAGUGUUGUGAGUAACUCUGAAGGUACUGUUGGGGUCGUUCCCACGUCUUCCCUCACUCUACGUUCCCCUGUAUCUCUCUCUCCUAUGAUUUGGUAUCAUUGCUGUACAAGGGAUGAGGCUGAGGGUUUGUUGGAUAAAAGUAUUGAGGGACAGUUUUUAGUUCGACCUAGUCAGACUUCAGAUAGUGUUUAUGCUAUUUCUGUGAGCACUAAUGGGUUAAUACAGCACUAUCUAAUCGCUAGUAGUGCCAAGAACAACCAGCUCACCCUAGAUGGAAAGGAAUACUUCUCUUCUCUUCCAGAACUAAUUCAAUUUUAUGGUAACUGCAGCAGUCAUGAUCCUAAACUGAGUCAGCCAUUGUUGUCCAAAGAGUUGCUCAAGUACUAUGUUGACAAACAAGAAUUGAAGGAAUCCUGGGGUCUCACACCAGACGACUUGGAAAUUCUAAAAUCAGUUGGCAAAGGAGAAUUUGGAGAGGUUAAUGCUGGUGUGUAUCGUGGCUAUCAAGUUGCAGUGAAGACCAUUUUUGAUAAAAAAGACGAAAGCCCAGAGAUGCAAAGCUUCGUACAAGAGGCAGCCAUUUUAACUCAUCUGAGACACAAGAACAUUGUACAGUUGGUAGGAGUGGUCUUUGAAAAUUUGACAAUGAAACACAUUGUGCUGGAGUUUAUGUCUAAAGGUUCAGUUGGCAAGUAUUUGGCCACUCGCGGUCGCUCUGUUGUUGCUCAAAAUGAACUACUGAAUAUAUCAAGGGAUAUUUGUGAAGGGAUGAUCUAUGUGAGUAGCAGGGGGUUUGUUCACAGGGAUCUUGCUGCCAGGAAUAUACUACUCAACUACAAUGGGCAAGCUAAGAUAUCCGACUUUGGUCUGGCAAGAAAGGUCGAUGCUCAUGCUCCUCAUGAAGAAGUUAAGUUUCCAAUAAAAUGGACGGCACCUGAAGGCCUCAAAGACAAAAUAUUUUCAGAGAAGUCUGAUGUUUGGAGUUUUGGUGUUUGCCUGUGGGAGGUGUACUCAUUUGGGCGUGUCCCUUAUCCUUCAAUAGUAAGCUAUACUGACUCAUUAAAAACUGAUAAUAACAGCAAUAAUUUAUCUGAGGAUGUACUGGAGCAGAUAGAGGAUGGUUAUAUAAUGGACCCUCCAGACAAUUGUCCCAGUGGAGUCUACAGUAUCAUGAAGAACUGCUGGUCCCUUGAUCCUGAGACCAGACCUGACUUUAGAACACUCAGAGCUCUCCUGUCUAAAUCAUUUGGUGAGUCCAAGACUCCUUGCAGUAGCCCCUCACCUGCCAGAAAAGCAAUAAUAGCAACCAAUGAAAAAGUUAAGGAGCUCUUAUCUGGUCCCGUGGCAUCAAAGAUAUACCUUGAAGCACCCGCCAAGCAAUCAACGAUCCUCCAUCUUGCUAACCUAGUCAUGAUCGGACCAAGAGGAGGUGGAAAAACCAGCCUUUUACGCUGUCUCUGUGGAAACCAAUUCCGACAAAGAGAAGACCCAACGACUAGAUUUUAUUGGUCGUCUCAUUACUACAAGCUAGUGAGUCACAGAACAUGGGAGGCUAAUCCAAAAGGACUCGCGUACGAUAAUGAACUAAGCUGUGUUGUAAUCAACAACUUACUCAAAGAUGCAAAGUCGCUUGAAACUCCACCCCCACUCCCCCCAAUGCGCCAGAGUCCGCCGACCCAUCCAAGACCUACCAGCGUCCAGUUACCUGCUCCUCCGCUCCUCCCCCCGAGGCCACCGUCACACAGAAUGUCAAUGUUGUUAGAGUCAACAUCAGCUGGAGAUGCGAGCUCCGACCAACCCAUGAAAUCAAGUGGGAGUCAUCCAGAGGGUCUAAAUACCAUCCCACCGAAAGAGAAGAAGCCUCUUAAAAGACGUUUCUCGUUCAAUAGGUUGUUUCGUAAGUCCUCGACCGGCAGUGUUGAUAAAAAGGAUGCGGUUUUAGAGGAAGCAACAACAACUCCACCCCCUUCUCCUCCUCUUCCUCCCCGCCAAAGACUGUGUUCGGCCGAUAAUGUUAUUUCAAGUAAAUCAUCGUCACUCCCCGAGGCGACUUUCAUCUCGGCCAUACCGGAUAAUUUGAUGACUCAGCUAAAAGAGAAGAUUAAUGAUUGUGCAAACGGGACCCUCCCCCCUGAGGUUUAUGGGCGUGUCAUAGACACACCCACUUUUCCCAGCAGCAGUCUCUUUAAGAGCCUCUUGAUUACAAAGUCCUCAAUUAUUCUACUUGUAUUUGAUACGUCCCACGAUAACCCGGUCCCUGAUAUUCUCUCAGAGUUAAACUCACUUUUCACUCUCCCUCUCUCGCCCGUAUCUAUUAUUCUUGUUGGGACUCAUUCCGAUAAGCACCCCACCCACUCUGUAGCUAAGCAGCAGUUGGAUAAAGUCAGACAGACCCUGAGGGCCACUCCUUAUGGGAAAUACCUUGCAAGUGGAGCCUUCAUUGUUAGUUGCUCAUCAGUUUUUGACCAGUCGACAAUCGAAGAUGUCAAGAAAUACGUCACCGAUAUGGUGAAGAGCAAGUGUCGUAAAGAAGUUCCUUUGAAAUGGUUGAGGUGCUUAAGACGAUUCCAAUCUUUAUCUUCCAAUGGCCAGUAUUUUAUAUCACUGACUGAAGCAGAGAGCAUUAUAAAGGAAGUGUGUAUGAUUAAAAAUGGCGAAGAAGAAGUGCGAGAGAUUUUAUUGUUCCUUCACGAUAACCUGGUCAUUUUGUACUGUCCACAAUUGAAGUCAAUGGAGAAUACAAUCAUCACUGAUCCGGCUUGGUUUCUAGGCACCGCCAGUAAAUUAUUAGGACUUGACGUGAGUCCUAGUGGCAAUGGAGUACAUCCUGAUCUUAAAGCUGAUUACCAUCUUGCUUUAACUCAAGGAGCUCUCACUGAUGCUUUAUUGGAGCAUUUGUGUCCCUCUGUCCCUCGCUCUGUCAAACAAGAAUUACUACUUUUACUGCAGUCUUUGGAGUUAGCGGUGAUCCACUCGAUGCGGCAAAUCUCACUCUCCGAAUCCGAUAGAUCCUCUCACUCCUCUCCUAUUCCUUCCCCCACUCUCUCUCUCGUCUCUUCCUCUAAUACCAUCACUGGUAUCCUCAUACCAUCCAUCAUUAACGAGUCCUUACCGCCUAACAUCAGCCCUUCAUCUCUUGAAACUAUAUACUUUCUUUCUCCCGAUAAUGCCGACAGUUCUCUUGUUUUCCUAAGACUCCUCGUUCGUUGUUUAAGCGCUCACUCAUCUUGUUACAGCCUUUACAAGGAUGCUGGUUGCUUUCUUAUAAACCCACAGACAAUGCUCCUUGUUAGAAGACAUCCAGAUCAAGCUAUAUCAGUCUCGCUCCAUCCCUCAUAUAACUCUGGUUCAUCUCCCUCUCUCUCUCCGCUCUCUUCAACAGAAGCGCUUCGUCCUUCUCCUCCAUCCAUUGAGACUGCACUGACAGUCCUAAUGUUCAUUAAACCUGCUUUAGAUAACAUCUGUCAAGUAUGGACGUCAGGGACUCAGUACUUACAAGCAUUCAAAUGUGAUUGUACAUCAAAUUUUCAUUACAUGAUAGUGGACGAGUUUGUUACUAGUCCAAUGUCUUCUUUAAAGUGUCAGCGUGGGACUAUUUUGACUCCGCCCAUCCUCUCGGCUCCGUGGUUUGGAGAAGAGAUUCAAAAAGGACGUCAGUUUAGCCUCGAGAAAGUGAUAAAGGAGGAGGAGCAGCAAGAAGAGGAGGAAGAAGAAGAUAACGAUGAAUUGGUUAAUGCUACUGAUAUAGACCUCAUUACAGAAGCUCUGCAAUCCUCUUGGACUGUCCUAGGAGAUGCAAUAGGAGCUUCACCAGCUGAACUAGACCAGCUAAAGAAUGCUCCAGACACUAAAACGGAGGAGCUGUUCCGUCAGCUAUGCUCAUCCCAUCUCCAGUCUUCUCCAUUUCUUGAUCUUGUGUCUAACCUUGAUGACAUUGGUCAUGCUGAAGUGGCCGAUAGCUUGAUCGACUUUAGAAUGAAGACAUCCGGGAUUGCUCUUUGAAAGAUGGAGACAUACAGUACUCCUCACUGAUUGUUAUCCUAAUUAACAUUUAUACAAACAAAGAAUUAACUUAUAUAGCUUGUUUUGCCUUUCAAUUUUUCUUUCUCUUUCAUGCGUUCCCAUUAAUGUCUCUCUCUCUCUCUCUCUCUCUAGUUGACUAUUAUGUGUGUGCUGCUAUUGCACAAAAAAAGGCAUUCAUUCAUUCCUUGUUUUCAAACCCAUUAAUUCUUUAAUUUUUUCGUAUUUUUAUAUUUUGUUAUUUCUUGUAUAUGCAAGUGUG